UGAAUGGUGGUAGCCAGCUUCGUUCUGUGUCAUGACUUUGAGUUUUGAAAGCGCUUUUACUUUUAAUAAUGCGGCGUUACAUUCGUGCAUUCCUCGUGUGCAUGUUGUUUGCCGUGUUCUCGGCCUUGUACGUGUAUAGUAAACUAUUUUAUUCAGAUCUGUCGGUCGGGGGAGGACUGGGUGGGAAGACUUUCCUCCAUCGAGCCGCGGCCUCUCAGCGAAGCGACAUUGGACAAGAAACCAGGCGAGGGCCGGACGAAACAGGCCCAGGCGAUCAACACUGGUACACUAGGUACAUCAUGAGGAAAGCAGAGGGCCGUGUUAGGACGGCAGCAGCCAUGCACCUGGCUGUAGUGGCCUGCGGACAGAGACUAGAGGAGACUCUCACCAUGCUGAAGUCUGCUGUUAUGCUCAGCAUCAAACCACUGUGCCUGCACAUCUUCGCUGAAGACCAGCUGCAUGCCAGCUUUAUAGAAGCUUUAGAGUCGUGGCCAAGUUCCUUCCGCUGCAGGUUUAACUACACUCUGUACCCCAUCACCUUCCCCCAUGAGAAUGCUGGAGAGUGGAAGAAGCUCUUCAAACCAUGUGCUUCUCAGAGACUCUUCCUACCUCUCAUCCUAAAGGAGGUGGAUUCUCUAGUCUAUGUGGACUCGGACAUCUUGUUCCUCCAGCCUGUAGACGCUCUGUGGUCCCUGCUAGCUCACUUCAACGCUACCCAGCUGGCCGCCAUGGCGCCGGAGCACGAGGAGCCACGCAUCGCCUGGUACAGCCGCUUCGCCCGCCACCCCUACUAUGGCAGGACGGGCAUCAACUCUGGAGUCAUGCUCAUGAACAUGACACGCAUCAGGGCCACAUACUUCAAGAAUGACAUGACGUCAGUGGGUCUGAGGUGGGAGGAGCUGCUGAUGCCCCUGCUGCAGAAAUAUAAACUAAACAUGACCUGGGGAGACCAGGACCUGCUCAACAUCAUCUUCCAUCACAACCCUGAGUGUCUGUUGGAAGUCCCCUGCCACUGGAACUACCGUCCAGACCACUGUAUCUACGGCAGUAACUGUGGCUCCGCGGAGGAGGAGGGUAUCUUUAUCCUGCACGGGAACAGGGGAGUGUACCAUGACCUCAAACAGCCUGCCUUCAGGGCCGUCUACGACGCCAUACGACAGUACUCAUUUAGGGAGGAUCUUGUGAGCUCUCUGCUGGUCCCACUGGAAGAAGAGCUGUUGAAGACGACCCGUUCAUACUGUGGUAAAUCACAUGUUCUGUUUACUAAGAGACUGGCUCACAGCCUGGCCAACGUCAACAGAGAUGCUCAGCGUCCACAUGGACGGUAGUCUGAUGUCCUGGGCCUCUAGGCUGUCCUAUAGUGUUGUCAUGGUCAGAGAGAUGGUAGCCUGGGUCCUGUUCAUUAGAGCACACUGUAGCAAAACUUUUUGCAAAGGAAAACUAAAAUGGGCGUUUCUUAUUGGACAAGUUGAGCUAGUGCCUACUUUGUUCCAUUUCGUGGUCUUCUGUUUCAUGACUACUUGGCACCUACAGUCUCUACAGCUACAUGGCUGAAGGAAUUUAUUGAUAUAUUUUUAUUUAACUAGGCAAGUCAGUUAAGAACAAAUUCUUAUUUUACAUUGACUGCCUACCCCGGCCAAACCCUCUCCUG